AACCCCCCUCUCUCUCUCUGUCUCGGGUCCUGAAGAUGAACCGACCCGACCCGGAAUCAACUCCGACGUCAGUCAUACCAAAUCUCUGCAGAUGACGAUGAAUUUUCUCUUUUCCACCGUGACGGCCGCCGUCUCCAUCGCCGUAGCUGUCGUCAUCAUCUUCUCUCCGUCUCCGGCCGCCGCCUUGGGUUCGGGCUCCACCUUCGCCGUCGUUUACGGCUCCGACACGGUAUGCGCUCUGGUCGCCGGCGAGCCCACCCAGAGAAUCAUCUGCUACGACACGCGCCGACGCGAUAACGUCACUCUGGAUCCUGGUGUCUCGUUCUCCUCCAUCGCCGCUGGCGAGAGCUCCCUCUGUGGCAUCCGCUCCGGCGGCUAUAGCCUCCUCUGCUGGGACAACAUCGUUCGUUACGGCUUUACCCGCAAGCGAAUCUACCAGAGCAACGCCGUUUUGCUGGACACCCUCGCCGUCGGCGAUCGCCAGGUUUGCGCCACCGUGAACGGUACCGGUUCUGUGAAAUGCUGGAGAGAACAGUCGUCGCGCGGUGGUGAAUCGCUUCCGGAGAACGAAGGAUUCCGGUCGGUUUCGUCUGGGGUCGGAUUUUCUUGCGGCGUCUCGAUUCGGAACAGCCGAAUCCGUUGCUGGGGAAGCGACCCGAUUUCGGGUCGGAUCCAAAAUGGCUUUGGUAACAUGUCGAUGUUGAGCUUUUCGGCUGGUGAAUCACAUGCUUGUGGGUUGAAUUCAACUGGGCAUUUGAUUUGCAUCGGAAACAACGAUUCUGGGCAGCUAAAUUUCACUUCGAAUCGAGCUUUCGAGUAUUCCGGGCUGGCUCUCGGAUCCGAUUUUACUUGCGCGACCCGGAGACCAAACGACUCGGUCGUCUGCUGGGGAGGAGGAUCACAGCGUUUCAACAAUGUGACGGAGCAAGUCUCGUUCGUGUCAGUAUCGUCCGGGUCGGGUCUCGUUUGCGGGUUGGUAACGGCUAAUCUCUCUAUCAUGUGUUGGAACCCUUCGAAUUUCUCUAGAUUUUUUCUUCCUUUCCCCGAAAUUUUGCCUGGUCCUUGUGUGGAAUCGUCGAGUUGCGUUUGCGGUGUGUACCCUCAGUCCGACAGGCUCUGCUUCGGUUCCAGUUCGAUUUGCAGUCCUUGUCCCAUUCCUUCUCCGGCGGUUCCUCUGCCGCCGCUUCCAUCGGCUCCAUCGCCGGUGUCUCAUCGGUCAAAGGCCCUGACGAACGGCUUGUUAGCCUUCGCGAUUGUGGGAUCGAUAGGUACGUUUAUAGGGAUCUGCACUGUGGUUUACUGUUUAUGGACAGGGAUUUGCUUCGGGAAGAAGAAAGUGCAUAACUCAGUUCAACCCACAAUCACUCGUGGUGGUUCACAGGGGCGCAGCCGGUCUAACAGCUCGCCGCCAUCUCGAUCCUUGACCAUAAGACGACAAGGUUCAAGAAUGCUGUCCAUGAGGAGACAGAGAAGUGGAACAUCAUCGAAACAUGCGGAUAAGGCCGAAGAGUUUACGUUUUCCGAGCUCGCUGCUGCCACUGGAAACUUCUCUCUGGAGAACAAGAUCGGUUCGGGCAGCUUCGGGGUGGUUUACAAAGGAAAAUUAUCAGACGGGAGAGAAGUGGCAAUCAAACGUGGAGAGAUAAGCGCGAAAGCGAAGAAGUUCCAGGAGAAAGAAUCCGCCUUUGAUUCAGAGAUAGCCUUUUUGUCGAGGCUUCAUCACAAGCAUUUGGUAAGGCUUGUUGGGUACUGCGAAGAAAGGGAAGAGAGACUUCUGGUUUACGAUUACAUGAAGAAUGGUGCCCUCUAUGAUCAUCUCCACCAUAAAGAAAACGUCGAGAAACAUAGCAGUUUGAUCAAUUCGUGGAAAAUUCGGAUCAGAAUCGCGUUAGAUGCAGCCAGAGGAAUCGAGUAUCUUCACAACUAUGCUGUCCCGCCAAUAAUCCACAGAGACAUCAAGUCCUCGAACAUUUUGCUCGAUGCGGAUUGGACAGCAAGAGUUUCGGAUUUCGGAUUAUCAAUGAUGGGUCCAGAUUCUGGAAAGGAAAACCGUCCGAUGAAAGCUGCGGGAACCGUGGGAUACAUCGAUCCGGAGUAUUACAGUCUCAACGUUUUGACCGACAAGAGCGACGUGUAUGGCCUCGGUGUCGUGUUACUGGAACUUAUAACCGGGAAAAGAGCGAUUUUCAAGAACGGUAAUGGAGAAGAGGGGAAUUCUCCGAUCCAUCUGGUGGAUUUCGCGGUGCCAGCGAUUGCGAAAGACGAACUGGGUCGGGUCCUGGACCCGAGGAUCACGACUCCAGAGCUCGGGGAAGCCGAGGCGGUGGAGCUCGUGGCCUAUACGGCGAUGCAUUGCGUGAAUACGGAGGGGAGAAACCGGCCGACGAUGACUGAUAUUGUGGCCAAUUUGGAGAGGGCGUUGGAUUUAUGUGGAGAUAGUCAUGGGAGUAUCUCUAGUGGCAUUGUCUCUAUUGUUUCCGAAUGAAGAAAAUUCAAAAUUUUUGCAUAGAAAGAUUCAAUUUUUUUUUCUCAAGUUUAAAUCUUUUUUUUUUUUGGAGGGUUUGACUGAUUGUUGGUGUAAAGAUGAGGGCAUAGGAGGAGGAAUAUUCAACAUUCGUCGUCUAACAUUAGUUGGAGAA